GUAAACUGUUUUCGUUUCUUCUUGAAACCUGCAUGCUUGACUUGAAACUACAUUUCCACUUAACCGUUUUAGUGGACGCGGAGGAUUGUGGAGCUUGUAGGCGACCCGUGGAAGACUACAACUCCCAGAGUACACCGCUGCCUGGCUUUAUUUAGCUGUUCAUGGCGUCUGGUCGAGUGCUAGUGACAGGUCGCCUUCUGACAAACAGAUAGGCCGGCGGAUUUAACGGUUUUGUGUUGACUGUGUUGUGUUGACACGAUGGAGGUGGAGAGUGUCAGCUUGGAAGAUGAAAGCCGUUUGACUCGGCUGAGGUUUGACGCUGCCGUGAAAGUGAUCAAGACUUUACCCCCAGAUGGUCCCUUUCAGCCCUCCAAUGACAUGAUGCUCAAGUUCUACAGUUACUAUAAACAAGCCACCGUGGGUGCGUGCAAUAUACCCCGACCUGGCUUCUGGGAUGCAGUUGGCAAAGCUAAAUGGGAUGCAUGGAACUCUCUUGGAGAUAUGCCAAAAGAAGAAGCAAUGGCUGCCUAUGUCGAUGAAAUGAAGCUGAUCCUGGAAGGUAUGCCCAUGACAGACGAGGUGGAGGAGCUACUGCGGGUCCUCGGCCCGUUCUACGAGCUGGUCGAAGAGAAGAAGAAGAUCACUCAGAUAUCAGACUUGAGCACAGGAUUCGGUACGAUGCUGAAUUCAAUGCCGUCAAAGAGCGUCGCAAAGAGCAUCGUCAGAACCAUGGAAAUGAACGGCACUCUGGAGACUCGGCCUGCUAGGCUCAAAUCAAAGGAAGUCAGGGAAAGGUCAGAGGAAGAACCACAAGAGGAAGAUGAGGAGGAGGAGGAGGAGGAGGAAGAGGAAGUACCAAUAAGAGAAGUCAGAAAAGAUAAAAAAUCAACAGCUUCACAGCCAAAGAAGAAAAGUUCAGCCAGGAGACACAAGGCGCCCCUGUCAAACGGUAAAGUGGCUAACGGGGUCGCCCACAUGACCAACGGGAGUCACUCCAGGGCCGCCCUGAACGGCGACGACUCCCAGGAGAGUUCAGCCUGCGAACCUCUGCUCAACGGCCACCACGCAGAUCUCACUGUAGAUGUGUCUGGUCCUGUCCACCUCGCCAGUGACUCAGACAGUGAAGUCUAUUGUGAUUCUGUGGACCAGUUUGGCCAGGAGGAGAGCUCAGAGCAUAACCGCUCUCUGGAUGAGCUGGACGAGGAGGAGAACCACGUCCUGCCGCCUCUAGAUCACGAGACCCACGAGGAUGUCGUAGGUCCACCGCAGGUCAUCAGGUGCGGAGGAGAAGACGGGGACACCGGUGGAACGAUGUCCCAGAGACAGAGGCUGAAUGUGGAUAUGCCGGACAGCUCCUUGGUCAGACGAGGGAGGGGCUCUAGGUCUCCAGGCCUCGGCUCUGGAGCUCUGGUGCCCAUGCACGGGGGUGGAGACGGUGAUGGGGGCAACUGGGGAGGAGCAGUAACACCCGCGGGGAGCCUGAACGAGCAGAUCGUCGUGGCGUUGGCCAGACUGCAAGAGGACAUGCAGAGCGUUCUGGAGAGGCUGCACACCCUGGAGGCUCUCACUGCUACACAGGCAAGAUCAGUGGCUCUGUCUCCUACUUAUGCAGCACCGCCAGUGAAUAAGAAGAGUCAGAAACCAUCCUGGUGGCCUUUUGACAUUUCUCCAACCAGUUUGGCCUUCGCUGUGAUUUGGCCAUUUGUGGUCCAGUGGCUUAUCCGCCUAUACCUGCAGAGGAGGAGAAGACGAAUCAACUGAAACCGCUCACAUCCAAACACCCAUGGACAUAAAGAAGAGUCCUCUAAAUGUCUUUGGUUGGGUUGCUAAUGGCUGUAACUCCCCCCUGCUUAGACCCACAGCCCAGUAAUUUGCUUUUGCACUAUGAAGAAGGCACCAAGAGUAAUGAGUGAGAGUUAAGAGAUCUCUCAAGUGUGUGUGUGUGUGUGUGGUACUGUGGAUGUGGAAUCAAUAAGAAAUAUGAAUGUACGGGGCUUACACAACCUUUUUGAUGAUGAUGAUGAUGAUGAUGAUGAUGAUACCAUCCUACUGGAGUCUUUUUCUCUGUAUGAACUGGUUUUGUGUCAGGAGAGAAACGGUUGAGAUCCUGUCAGAGUGUUUAUAGACCAACUACAGUCGCUUCUCAAUGAUUUCUAUAAUAACUAAGGCUUUGUUGCACAAAAAAAUGGGCCUCAUCAUUUGUUGUUUUUGAGCAUAAUGCUUGAUGUGGUUAUAAAUUUUCACUUUCAUUAGUUGCCCAGGCAAUGCUGCUAAAAUAAAAAAACGUUGUAACAACUAGUUUAGAAGGGAGGAUUGAAUGUAAUUAUAUAUCGUGUCAGAUUCUUUUUAAUUCUGAGAAUAAGUUAAUAUUUAUUGCUUUUAGCAACAGUUACAAUGAAGGCGUUUCUGGCCUGAUUUCAGCUGUAUAAGUGAGGUUUAUGUUUAAAGUGACUGCUAAAUGUUGUGUAUAGGUUUCAGAUGUGUUUUCAUUGCCUGUCCUACUGCAUAUCAGUCUGUGCUUUUUGGUCACAGUGGUCCGAUUCAGCGUCCACUUCCUGUUUUAUUUCCAAAUAGAAAAACUGCCUCAACAUCGUAAGAUACAUUUAUAAGUGGCAUUAUGGUUUCCUACACUGACAUAUUGUAGCGUACCUGUUCCAGUAUUGGACCAAAUUAAUAUUUUUAAAAAAAUCACUCGACCUACUGUAGCAAACUAUGAGGUGGUGAGAAUCUCCAUCCGACAGUCACCGCCUCAGUUCCUGCUCAGCUAUCUGAUUAUUAACGCAUAAACACUCGUCUCUGUAUGUGUCGUUUACGCCGUCACGUUUUUCUAUGUUGUAUCAUUUUAAAUGUGUGAUGUAGUAACAUGUUUGUGGAGAGAUUUUUGUCUGAGUGAUAGUGAUCAUGAACUGUUUGCAAAAGCAGUGAGAUCGAUAUUAAAUUGUAUACAAUAGCUGUACAGUUCAGAUGAUUAAAAUGCAAUAUUUUAAUUGCAUUUCCAUGUGUUAAUAUAGAAUAUGAUAUCAUAUUUACAAAGAUUUGCAUCUGCAAUAGCACUAACCUUUCCAGAGCCAUUAUGUUUUAAUAAAAUAAUAGUUUACCUUUCUACUGAAAUAUGUACUAAGGCUUUCUCACCCUCUCUGCCUGUGGAUAGAGUGGUGUUUGCAUGUGAUAAUCUAAGCCUCAAAUAAAAUUUUCAUAAAGCAGA